CAGCGGCGACACAGCGCCGCGACAGCGGCGACACAGGGCCGCGACAACAGUAACAGCAGAGCCGCGACAAGAGCAACAACAGCGCCGCGACAACAGCGACACAGAGCCGGGACAAGAGCGGGGACGGGCCGGGCCCCGCGCCCGCCGCCACCGCCACCGCCACCAUGCAGAUGACCUUCUACUUCUCGGACACAGUGGUGCUGCUCUUUGACUUCUGGAAUGUCCACAGCCCCACAGGGAUGGUGCUCUCGGUGCUGGUGAUCCUGCUGCUGUCCGUGCUCUACGAGGCCGUGAAGAUGGGCAAGGCCGUGCUGCUGCGGCGGGCGCUGCUGGCGCUGCCCCGCAGCCUCAGCCAGGAGGCCCUGGCCCAGCCACAGGAGGAGGAGAGCAGCCCUGCACGGGGCAGGUGGUUUUGGUUCCACGUGGGCCAGACGCUGUUCCACGUGGUGCAGGUGGUGCUGGGCUAUAUGGUGAUGCUGGCUGUCAUGUCCUACAACGCCUGGAUCUUCCUGGGGGCCAUCGCGGGCUCCACGCUGGGCUAUUUCAUGGUGUACCCGCUGCUGGGCCGGGGCUAGAGCCCCCCACGCUGGUGGCACACGUGUGCCACCUCCUGCUCCUUUGUCUGGAACCGCUGCUGUCACUUCUGCUGGGUCUGGCUGUGUCCCCGUGCUCUGUGGGACGCAGAGCCCCAAGGACUUGCUGGGGGCUGGCCCCGCUGUGGGGUCGGGGGCCCCGUGGCCAGCGCUGGCCUGUGCUGGGGCUGUCCCCGGCUCUCAGGGACCUUUGUCCGGGUGAUGGCAGCAGGGCCGUGCUGGCCUUUCCUCCCCUCCCUGCUUCUCGAGGAGCUCCAUCCUGGCUGGAACGGGAAUGCUCCGGUGACUUGCUGGGGGAGGGGACAGGCUGGGGACAGGGACCCCUGCUCUCCUGCCCAGAGCUGCCCUGCACCAAGCCCCUCUUCACACAGUGCCUUUGGGGACACCGGGGGGGUCCUGCCACCCCCGCCCCGCUCCUGCACAGCGCUUCAGAGAUGGGGCUGGAGCAGCCCCCGAGCCGCUGGUGGGGCUGUGCCAGGGGGAAAUGCUGCUCCAGGUGCCUCUUGCUGCUUCCUCAGGACACCCCUUUCAAUAAAAUCAUCUCAGCUCCACUCCUGGUUUGUGUCACUGCUCAGGGUGGGCACCCCUGGGUCACACUGGGACUGGGGACCCCCAGCCCUACCCAGGGAGGUGGUUUGGGAAUAAAGAGAGUCUCCUCUGGCUUUAAAUAAAGCUUUUCCAUUUUAUUAAUUAUUAUAUCUUUAAA